UUCCUCUUGCACUAGGACGGUCAGCACACCACAGAGCGUGCAACGCGUGUGACUUGCCGUAUGGCACCAUCUUCUUACAGGUUGGAUUGGCAAAGUAUCACUGGCCUAUGCGCGUAAUCCCCCGAAUUAGGAGGAGCGAUUACUUUGUUGUAUAUCAUGAGUAUGGUAGUACGAUACGUGCUGUUACAAUUUCCAACUUGGUAGUCCGACAAUCACUACUUUAAUUGGGUAGCUAGUAUUAACGUUCCCUCUAUCUGCACGAGAUAUUCUCCCUUUCAGGGCGUACUAAGACGUCACCGUAGCUUCCGAUGUUUUCCUCUCUUAGUGUACACAGAGCAUCUAUUGUAUUCUUUUAUGCGACAUAUUAUAUUUGGGUCAUCGUACCCGCAAUGCCCAGUUUGACUCUACUACAAUCUCACCCGGUGUUGCACUCUUGACAACUUCUAUAUAAUUCAUUGCUCCUAUUUGAAACAAUCUGUCAGCUUCAAUGCUCUCUUAUAACCUUAAUUAUACAAAUAUGAGCAAACUUCUCACGGGUUUUGUGAAGUUUUAAAAGCAUCAUAUCUCAGAUUCCAGUCGCAGCGCCUUUGGUAUAAUAUGCCCAUCUAGUCAGUAUGGACCCAGACGACGCAUGCUACAGCGCAGUUUCAUUUUCACCUAAGAAGUUGAACUCUUCUACUUCGAUGCUGUCAAAUGACACACCCCUGGCGGGUACGCCAGAUAUGUCUGAACCGCCUCAAACGGUGCCGAGCCCGGCGGAUAGGCUAGAGUCAAGACGUUUUGUCCGAAUUCCAGAUCUGUUCUCCUCUAUAAUGGCGCGGAAACCGGUGGUCAAUCCGAACUACUUCCAAGUCAAAGCCGAGGGCGAUAGUUGGAUCGCGCAAAUCAUGAGAUGGGAUGAGGAGACGCGUACUAAAUAUGUACAAGUUGACUUCUGUUAUAUUAGUUCUAUAUGGGUAACAACAUGCGACGAUGAAGCAUUACGAUUAACGCUUGAUUGGCAAUAUUGGGUAUUUCUCUUCGACGAUCAAUUUGACGAGGGUCACCUGAGGGAUGAUCCUGUCGCAGCACAGGAAGAAGUCAACGCGACGAUGGCCAUCAUGACAGAUGACCAACCCCUAAUUCAACCUGAUCAGAACCCAAUCAGACAUAUUUUCCAGACUUGCUGGCGACGUAUUAAAAAGAGAGCUUCUCCAGAGCUACAGCAGAGAUACAGAGAACAAUACAAGAGAUACUUCGACCAGCUCGUGGUGCAAGUCGAGCGAGUUGCGCAUGGGGAAGCUUUGACAAUCAACGCGCAGACGUACAUCGAGAUGCGCUCGGGGACUAUUGGCCUUUAUCCUGCCCUUAUCGUGUGUCAAUUCGCCGAGAAUAUCAAGAUCCCAGGAAGCGUCUUCUCCCAUAGCUCCAUCCAAGAGUGUAUGCGCUUAUCAGCGGAGCUCUGCGUUUUAGUAAAUGACGUCGUUUCAUACCGGAAAGAGUUGGUACGGGAUGUCUAUAGAGAGCUGGGAGUCGACUACAAUUUGAUCUCUAUCCUUGGAGACAAAGGCUUAUCGGUUCAACAAUCAAUGGAUGAGCUGGGGGUCAUGGUCAAUAAUUGCUAUAGACGAUGGUACACUGCGCUAGCGGAAUUGCCAUCUUUUGGAGAAGAGAUAGACAGGGAAGUGCUUAAAUUCGUCGAUAUCUGCGCUCUGGUUCCAUUGGGCAACUUACAUUGGAGCUUUAUGACGGCCCGAUAUUUUGGCGCUGAGGGCCACGAGGUCAGCAAAACAAGGAUUCUAUAUCUCCCAGAUUGAAAUACCUCGAAGUUGCGGACCACGAGAAGGUCGUGGGCCCUUUCUCGUUCAAGAUGUCAGAAUUAUAUCGGUUUCAGAUUCCUUGUCUACAAGCUUUAAAUGUCCUCCUAGUCAAGUUUGUAGUUUGGAGCAAGAAGGGUGAAUCAAUAACAAAUUUCGGACCUUCGACAGUUAUAUUCUAUGAAAACACACAAUGACUAACUAACUAGUACAGCUUUAAUCUAACCAAUUUCUUG